AUGGCUGCAGUCUUAACAGAAAAGGACAGUUCGACUGACAUUGUUUCUACCUCUUCCAAUGAUCCUGAAGAUUUCUUAAACGAUCUUAGCGAUGAAGAUUUAAAGAAAUUAGUAGACGAAACCCUUCGCAAUAAUGAGGUUUUGGCUACAGAAACUAAAAUGUUUGAGAAAUAUCUGAAACGUGUUGAACCUCAUCUAUCACAAUCAAAACAUAUCGCUGCUCCUCUCCUACCACAACUACAAUUAGAUGCCCAUACUUUGAAUAAGAAACGAUCAAGAAUGAGAGGAACUUCUGUAACAGACAGACUUUCCAAGUUAAAUGCUGAACAAAAAUGUGACAUAGCUGCUCGAGAGAUUGAAGAACUCCGAGAUGAAAUCGACAAGUCUAAAGAAGAUGCAGAAAAAGUCGUUGAUAAUCAUAAAGCAGUUAUGGAAGAAGCUGAUAUUGCUUUAGCAGAAAUUAAAAAAGCAAUGUACGAAUAUAAUCGUGACAUUGUACAAGGAGCAGUAAAUGAUAGAACGAAAAAAGUCAUGGCAGAAAAAGUUCAACGAUACUUUGAGGAAAAAAUUAGGCAGAGGGAUACCUUGGUUGAGAAACUUCGCCUAAAAAAUGCAGCUUUACGGGCACAAAAAAGAAAAUUGAACUUACAAUUAAAGCAGAAAGAAGAAAUGGGUGAAGUUUUGCAUGAAGUCGACUUUAAUCAAUUAAAGAUCGAGAAUAACCAAUAUUUGGAAAAAAUUGACGAGCGUAACCAAGAAUUAUUAAGACUAAAAUUAAUGGCCGCAAAUACUUUGCAAAUUUUAAAUUCUUACAGAAAAAAAUUGCACACGUUGACACUUGAAUCCAACCGACUUAAAACCGAAAUAGGUCAACGCCACGAGAUAUUAAGCAAAAUUACCGUCGAAAAUGAUCAAGUUCACCAUGAAAAAAAGAUGGCAGAGAGUGUAAAUACGAAUCUUAAAAAGCAACUAGCAGAUUAUAAAGUUCCUGAGAUCAUGGAAUAUGUUGCGGAACGUUCGAAUUUAUAUGAUUUGCAGAAAACGGUAAAAAGUUGGGAGAGGAAGGUAGAAAUAGCUGAGAUGGCACUAAAAACGAAUAAGAAAACUUGGACAAAGAUACAAACAGGAAAUCAUCUACAAAAUCAAUGGACACAACCACAUUUGGAAAUGUUAAGAAAGUAG